AUGAAUACUGUUGGAUCAAGCAAAACAAAGAAACAGAGGAAAAAAACUUCAAAAUCAGAACAUGGAAAGAACAAUGUUGAAUGUGGUAAGACAGAUAAGAAAGACACAAUACAAAUUGACAGCACAAGUGUUAGAGGUCUGAAAAGGAAGGGUUCUGAUAGAAACACACCUGUUAAGGACAAGAAGAAAUCGUCGGAUGCAAGUGGUGAAAGUAAAAAACCAAGAGGUUUAAAUGAGAUUUUUAUGGAGAGAAUUAGUGGGUCAAAGAAAAAUAAUGAAAAGGCUAAUAUUGGUGUGGAUAUGGAAGAUAAGGAAGAUGUUGUAGAAAGGAAAAGGGUGGUGCAAGAUGCACAUUCAAAGAAAAGUCCAAAAAGAUAG